CUAUUCCCCCCAUCAACUCCUCCUGGCCGCUUCGUCAACAUGGCUAACCCUGGAACGACCGCUGCUAUCAACCAAUCACCGGGGUCUCCUACGCUCUCUAGUGGUUGGGAAAUUAUCGAGGAACAACGAACUUUUUACGAUGAGCAAGAUUGCCUGCACCUAGGCCGUAGCCUCACGAGUGACAGAUUGGGGGAUAGAGAGGAAAAUGAAGUCGUGAUUUUUGAGUAUUCUCUGGACCCGGAUUUUCUGGACCCAGAGGAUGAGAGUUCUGGGGAUGAGGAGGACGAGUCUCCCUCUGGAGACUAUGAUGUAUUCUAUCGAGUGCCCAAGGAUAGGCUAGUGGGGUCCGGACAAUUUGACCAAAUAAUCAACCCUACCAGAGAUCCUCGCCCGAUUAUAUCACCGCCACCGGGACAACGGUUGGGCAUUAUAGAUUUUCCCCAGUGUUAUGAUACAAGCGAUGGUGGCUUAUUAGGCGCGGUGGCGGAAAAACUCGGCCUCCCAGGUGGAACAAAUUUCGGGGAGACACAUUGGGCAAGAGUUCGAGCACUGCCUGGUCAUGGAGCCUUUAGAACCGGUAUUUCAUUAUGGGUACCUUCCAGGGAGGCGUCGCAGCCCGGGGGUAAGCUCGCCCUUUUCGCGUCGCUCCCAUAUUUUGGGAGGUCUAGCGACGGGGCCCAAUUGGGCCCUGAUGACGAGAGCGUUGGACUCUUAGAUUUCAAGCGCCUGGGAGUUGGUCUUGCUUCCGGGGCCAUGGAAAGAGAUGAUAUAGGAGAAAUAUUAGUGCAUCAAGCACGAUAUAUGAUAUUUGAUAACUACACAAUGGCGACAUUCAGAUCUAAGGAGGACAGUGUUAGGGAUCGGGUCCCACUUCAUCGCUUCCAGGAGCGUGUUGGCGCCUUUCGUGCAAUGAUUCAUAUGAUUGCCAAUCGUAUGGACUUAGAAUUAUGGACAUUGGGGAAGCUUCAAGCCUCCCUUUGCAAAGUAGAGGAGGGUAUCGACCAAAUGAUAUCAGAUGCAAAAACCUACGAGAAUAAUCAAGGGAUGAAAGGGAUCGCCGAGGAUUCCCCUCCGGGACUGGUGUUACCACCGGAAACGACCCCGGAAAAAAGAAGGGAACUGAUUGAGGAUCUUGAGCGAAUCCGGCAGGAUAAUGUUUGGGGGAGAAAGCAGAACAGAGUCCGAGAGCUCCUCGCCUCCCUUAACAGGCUUUCGGCAGCCUUGUUCGCGGCUAUUAGCGUGACCGAGAGGCAGAUUGCUGUUCUCCAGGACCUACACAACGUAUUAUUGACUGGCCACCGGAGAAAAACCGGGAAUCCCUUCUUCAGGAUUACUGCCCCGAUCCCUAUCCUCUCGAAAAAUCGCGAGCAGAUUUGGCCGAAUACCCUGGACACCAUUGACGAGGUGGUUCGGGAGAGGAAAUCAUUCAUUGAGAAAAUCAAGGAGUUAGUAGAAAAUAUGAAUGUUAGAAAAGAAAUUCUUUUCGGAUUCUUGAAGUCUGAUCAGGCUAAAGCAGCCCCCUCGGAGAGAACGGCUCAGAAAACAGCAGAAGCUAUGAAGAGCACUGAGAAUGCUAUUGAGAAAACUCGGGAAGCACUUGUGCAGCAAGCACAGACCUUGACUGGUUUUACUGUAGUGACGACAGCGUUUCUCCCUCUCGGCUUUUGUGCUUCGUAUCUCGGCAUGGACAACCUAAAGUUAUUCGGCGAUACCAAGAUGUCCAUACUCGAUUUUUGGCUGAUCACAGCCCCAGUGACUGCUGCAAUAAUACUAUUAACAGUAAUAGUCGUCUUCUGGAAACGGCCGGGGGCUCCGGAGUUCAGGGAGCGUGCCGUCAAGAAAUUCAAGGCCACUAUUGACAAGAUAUUAUGUCGUUCUCCGACUAAAAAACCACAUGAUGCUGAGAAUCAAUCUCGGGGUGAUUCGCAACAGAUCUAGGGUACGGUGCAGUCCUGCAAUGACACAACCCCCCGCCUUGGACUGGUAGCGCCGAAUCCCCCCACCCCCUACAGCCAGUAGCAGUGCCCCGCGGUAUCUAGAGAGCGUAGGACUGGGAACGCGAUAAAGGAUCUGACGACCAAACCCUGCUUGACCCUCAAAAGAGCAGCCACGGCAACCGAUGCGGUCCGGAAAUGGAGGGGCUGAGGAAACUGGGGGGUGGACAAGAAUCUAAUCGCUAAGCUCUGUCUAUGCCGGAAAAGCAGGGGUGGAACCAUCACUGAAGGAUAGAGGGAGUGGGUGGAGGAGAGAUUUGUUUCUUCAAGAAGUAUUUUUUUAACUUAAUUUCUAAUGCUGUUUAGGAGACGAGGGGAUUUAUGAGAUUGUAUCCCUUAUUACUGGUUGGGUGGAGAUGUGUAUGUAUGUUAUCAAGGAUGUUGACGAGGAUGGGCUUUUGCUGGUCGACAUGGUUGAAAGAAUGCUAUGAAUAUUUU